AAAGUGAAAAAGCAUCUGAUUGGAUGUAAACACGAUUGUUUGUAAUCAAUCAUCAAGCUCACUUUUCUAAACUUUGGCAGACAAAAUUUACAACCCUAUCGUUGGGCGAAAACAAAUAUUUUUAUUCAAAAACGAAGAUAUCUUGUUGAUUCUUCUGGCUACUUUGGAUUCUUAUUGAAAAUUUUACAAUUCCAUUAUUGUUUGAACCGACCGUUCACAAUUGGUGUCAAGAUGACAACAUGCAAACGAAGUGAGAGCAGCGAGAGCGAUCUCCAGGAUUACGUCAUCACUGGCUGCUCUUCAGCGAUCAGCCUAAAACGCGAGCUGAGCUGCUACGCCUUGGCCACCCUAAACGACUGGGGCGACAGUGUGGCCAGACUCAGCGACUGGGGCGACAGUGUUGCCAGGCUCACAUCCGACAUGACCGAGUUACAUGUGAACCAAGGCGACAAAAAGGCGUCCUGGGAUCACAAUGUGGAGCUGGCCUGUUCGCUGGAGGAGAUCAACGACUCUUUCGGCGGCUGCAUCUCGGCGAUCGCUUCAAGAAUCGCGUUCGCUAGUGGAGAUGAUGAGGAGAUGUUUGAAUACAUGAAGGAACAGUCGGUGUCGUCACUGCAAUCAGAACUGCAUGAUGUUGAUGGUGUGGGCUUAGUUGAUGCGGUGAAAAGCUUGAAUCUGUCCUCAAGCGCUCCUAAAAAUGGUAACAGUGAACCUCGACCUAACUGUUCCUUCAAACAGUGAGCAAAAACUAAAUUCAACAUACAAUUUGUUUGUAAGACCAAAAUUAAUGUUCCUUAAAACAGUGAGAACAAACUAAGUUCCACAUAUCAUUCGUUUGUGAUACCAAAAUUAUUGUUCCUUUAAACAGUGAUAACAGACUAUGUUCAACCAUUUGUUUAUAAAACCAAAAUUAUUGUUUCUUCCAACAGUAAGCACAAACAAUGUUUUACUUACAAUUUGUUUGUAAGAACAAAAUUAUUGUUUCUUACAAUAGUGAGAACAAACUACGUUCAACAUAUCAUUUGUUUGUGAUACCAAAAUUGUUGUUCCUUUCAACAGUGAUAACAGACUAUGUUCAACCAUUUGUUUAUAAAACCGAAAUUAUUGUUUCUUCAACAGUAAGCACAAACAAUGUUCUACUUACAAUUCGUUUGUAAGAACAAAUUUAUUGUUCCUUACAACAGUGAUAACAAAUUGAGUUCAACAUACCAUUCGUUUGUGAUACCAAAAUUAUUGUUUCUUCGAACAGUAAGCACAAACAAUGUUCUACAUA